CGGGUAAUAAUACCCCCGCCUCCCACGCUGCGACCCCUCUUGGUCAUUCCCGGUACUGCGCCUCUCCUAUCUGCGUCACGUGACAUCAGUAGGCGCUGUGAAACAGCGCGAGUCUCAUCAUCAGCACCGCAUCGCCAGGCAAGCAGCCUCGAGACCCACCGACCAACGGACCCUCAGUGGUCCCUCAUCACAAAUACUAUAAUAACGGAGAGGAGGUACACUCCUCACGAGACCAUGUCAGGGCCCCGGUGAACAGACAAACAGAUUUAUUCUCUUUGUUCGCGUCGACGCACCGCUCGCCGCCGAGGAGGGGCCGCAGAAUAGCGCUCUCGCUCUCUCUGGCGGAGGAGUGGGGGAAGAGGAGAGGAGAAAGCAACAGAGAGAACCGAGGUAUUUUUCUACCGGAUAACCUAAUGGCAGAGCGCGAGGCGUCGCCGUUACCACUGGAGGUUCGCGCCCGGCUGGCGGAGCUGGAGCUCGAGCUGUCAGAGGGUGACAUCACACAGAAGGGUUAUGAGAAGAAGCGGUCUAAGCUGAUCAGGGCCUACUUUCCUCAUCCUGGAGGUAUGGAGGGUAUGUCUCACCGCCCCCCAUUUGCCCCCCCAUCUGCCGCUCGCUUCCACAGACGGCGCUCUUCUGGAACACGUGAUGAACGCUACCGUUCAGACGUCCACAGUGAGGCGGUGCAGGCAGUGUUAGCCAGACAUGUGGAGAGCAACGUGGCAGUGCCUAUGCCCUCCAAACGACGAUCACUGGUGGUACAGACAUCCAUGGAUGCGUACACACCCCCAGGCCUGUCCCCACUGUGCUCAGACUCGUCGUCGGGCUCAGAGGAAGAGGCGGGGCCAGGCAAUGACAUGCCGGGAAUGGAACACUGGAUGACUCGCCCUGCCCACUUAGGUCCAGCCCACCUAGGCUCCACCUCCUCGUCGUCCUCGUCCACUCAGAGCGGAGGAAGUGGCAACGCAGGACGACUGGCCGACUCGCUCGCACACACACACCUCUCACACCCACACCUGGCACACGCCCACCUCACACACACACACCUGACCCAGUCACACCACGUGUCAGCUCACCACUCACAAACACACCACGGUAUAGGGCACCUGUCUCUGAAGCGUAAGGCAGCUCUGGGCAUGGCGGAGAACGGAGGCUCUCUCAGAAGAUCCUGUGAGUUCGGCUCUGAUAUGCUGUGGCCUCCACCGCUGGAGUCUGAUGAGAAUCACUCUGCUCCUCCUGAUGUGACUGGCUAUUCGUCUGACUCCUCCCACUCCCGCCCCCACUCAGAGCGCCACAUAGGAACCAUCGCCCGAAACACUCAGAAAUACGGCAAUGCCGAACGCAUGGAGACUGGAGACGGUGUCCCGGUCAGCAGUCGUGUGUCUGCUAAGAUCCAGCAGCUAGUGAACACUCUGAAAAUGCCUCGUAGACCUCCGCUAAGAGAGUUCUUUGUUGAUGACUUUGAAGAACUUCUAGAAGUCCAGCAGCCAGAUCCUAAGCAGCCGCGUCCGGAGGGGGCAGAAAUGUUGGCAGUAAGCGGAGAAGCCCUGGGGGUGGUGACUAACUGGCCCCCCUCCCUGGAGGCAGCUCUCCAACGCUGGGGAACCAUCAGCCCUAAAGCGCCCUGUCUCACCAGCCUGGAUACCACUGGCAAACCUCUAUAUGUACUCACAUACGGGAAGCUGUGGUCUCGGAGUAUCAAGCUGGCCUAUAACAUCCUCCACAAGCUGGGCAGCAAGCAGGAGCCCAUGUUGCGACCGGGGGACAGGGUGGCGCUGGUGUUUCCUAACAAUGACCCGGUGGCCUUCAUGGUGGCCUUCUACGGCUGCCUGCUGGCUGAGGUGGUCCCUGUACCCAUAGAGGUGCCCCUCACACGCAAGGAUGCUGGCAGCCAGCAGAUCGGGUUCCUAUUAGGAAGCUGUGGGGUUACCGUGGCGCUGACCAGUGAUGCCUGCCAUAAAGGCUUGCCCAAGAGCGCUACAGGAGAGAUACCACAGUUCAGAGGGUGGCCUAAGCUGCUGUGGUUUGUGACUGAGUCGAAGCAUCUCUCCAAGCCUCCCAGAGACUGGUUCCCUCACAUCAAAGAUGCAAACAGCGACACAGCAUAUAUAGAGUAUAAAACGUGUAAGGAUGGGAGUGUCCUGGGCGUGACAGUGAUGAGGAUCGCUCUGCUGACUCACUGUCAAUCCCUCACACAGUCGUGUGGCUACACAGAAGCGGAGACCAUAGUGAAUGUUCUAGACUUUAAGAAGGAUGUGGGACUGUGGCACGGCAUCCUCACGAGUGUGAUGAACAUGAUGCAUGUGAUCAGCGUUCCCUACUCUCUGAUGAAGGUCAACCCGUUGUCCUGGAUACAGAAGGUCUACCACUUCAAAGCCAAGGUAGCAUGUGUAAAGUCCAGGGACAUGCACUGGGCUCUGGUGGCCCACAGAGAGCAGAAGGACAUCAGCCUGAGUUCCCUCCGUAUGCUGCUGGUCGCCGACGGAUCUAACCCCUGGUCUAUUUCGUCCUGUGAUGCGUUCCUCAACGUGUUCCAGAGUAAAGGCUUAAGAUCAGAGGUCAUCUGUCCCUGUGCCAGCUCUCCUGAAGCCCUGACCGUUGCCAUCAGGAGGCCAGUGGAGGACAGUAGUCAGCCCCCAGGCCGAGGGGUUCUCUCCAUGCAGGGUCUGAGUUACAGUGUGGUCCGCGUCGACACCGAGGAACGAUUGUCAGUCCUUACUGUGCAGGAUGUGGGCACUGUUAUGCCUGGAGCCGUAGUGUGUGUGGUGAAGCCAGAGGGUGUGCCUCUCCUGUGUAAGACAGAUGAGAUCGGGGAGCUGUGUGUGUGUUCUGUCGCAACGGGAACCUCUUACUAUGGAUUGACAGGCAUGACCAAGAACACCUUUGAGGUGUUCCCUGUAGCCUCAGGUGGAGGCCUGGUCAGUGAGUAUGCGUUUGUGCGUACGGGGCUGCUGGGCUUUGUGGGUCCAGGCGGUCUGGUGUUUAUCUCCGGAAAGAUGGACGGCCUCAUCAUGGUCAGCGGGCGCAGACAUAACGCUGAUGACAUCGUAGCCACCGCACUGGCCGUGGAGCCAAUGAAAUUCGUCUACAGGGGGAGGAUAGCAGUGUUCAGUGUGACAGUGCUGCGUGAUGAGCGUAUCGUGGUGGUAGCAGAACAGAGACCAGACUCUACUGAGGAGGACAGCUUCCAGUGGAUGAGCCGUGUGCUGCAGGCGAUAGACAGUAUCCAUGGUGUGGGUGUGUUCUGCCUGGGGUUAGUUCCAGCCAACACCCUCCCUAAGACCCCCCUGGGGGGUAUACACCUGUCUGAGACCAAACAGCUCUACCUGGAGGGUGGGCUGCACCCCUGUAACGUGCUCAUGUGUCCUCACACCUGUGUUACCAACCUGCCCAAACCACGACAGAAACAACCAGAGAUUGGUCCUGCCUCUGUGAUGGUGGGGAAUCUGGUGUCUGGGAAGAGGAUCGCUAUGGCCAGCGGCAGAGACCUGGGACAGACUGAUGACAACGACCAGUUCCUGUUCCUGUCAGAGGUGCUGCAGUGGAGAUCUCAGACGACGCCUGAUCACAUCCUCUACACACUGCUCAGCUCCCGGGGGCUGGUGUCUAGUUCUCUGACCUGUCUUCAGCUCCAUAAGAGGGCGGAGAGAGUUGCUGCUUUGCUGCUGGAGAGAGGAGGACUACAGGAGGGAGACCACAUAGCACUGGUCUACCCACCAGGUAUAGAUUUGAUCGCAGCGUUCUACGGUUGCCUUUACGCUGGCUGUGUUCCUAUCACGGUCAGACCGCCCCACCCACAGAACAUCUCAACCACACUGCCCACAGUCAAGAUGAUCGUAGAGGUCAGUCGUUCGGCCUGUGUGAUGACCACAGCGGUCAUCUGUAAGCUGCUGCGGUCGAAGGAGGCGGUCGCCACAGUGGACAUCAGGAACUGGCCUCCCGUCCUGGACACAGAUGACCUGCCAAAGAAGAAGCCUCCAGCACUAUAUAAGCCCUGUAACCCUGAUGCCCUGGCCUACCUGGACUUCAGUGUGUCCACUACUGGCAUGCUGGCUGGAGUACAGAUGUCCCAUAAUGCAGUGGGAGCGUUCUGUCGAUCGGUGAAGCUGCAGUGUGAACUGUAUCCCUCCAGAGAGGUAGCCAUCUGUCUUGACCCCUACUGUGGCCUGGGCUUCGUCCUCUGGUGUCUCUGCAGUGUGUACAGUGGCCACCAGUCGAUCCUGAUCCCCCCAGUAGAGUUGGAGUCUAACCCAGCCCUGUGGCUGCUCGCUGUCAGCCAGCUCCGAGUCAGAGACACCUUCUGUUCCUACAGCGUCAUGGAGCUCUGCACUAAAGGACUGGGCCUGCAGACAGAGGCACUGAAGGCACGGGGCCUGGACCUGUCCCGUGUGAGGGCGUGUGUUGUGGUAGCAGAGGAGAGACCCAGGAUGUCUCUAACACACUCCUUCUCCAAGCUGUUUAAAGACCUGGGCCUGCACCCCCGAUCUGUCAGCACAGCAUUCGGCUGUAGGGUCAACCUGGCUAUCUGUCUACAGGGCACCUCUGGGCCGGAUCCCACUACAGUGUACGUGGACAUGAGAGCUCUGCGGCAUGAUAGGGUGCGGUUGGUGGAGAGAGGUUCUCCUCACAGUCUCCCUCUCAUGGAGUCAGGAAAGAUCUUACCUGGCGUCCGCAUCAUCAUCGCCAACCCAGAGACCAAGGGACCCCUGGGAGACUCCCACCUAGGAGAGAUCUGGGUGCACAGUGCCCAUAAUGGCAGUGGAUAUUACAGUGGUUAUGGAGAGGAGGUCCUCCAGUCUGAUCACUUCACCUCCAGACUCAGCUUCGGCGACACGUCCACCAUCUGGGCUCGCACCGGAUACCUGGGCUUCUUACGACGUACUGAACUCACCGAUGCCAGCGGAGAGAGACAUGAUGCUCUGUAUGUUGUGGGCGCGUUGGAGGAGGCCAUGGAGCUGAGGGGGAUGAGGUACCAUCCUAUAGACAUAGAGACCUCCGUCAUCAGGACGCACAAGAACAUCAUGGAGUGUGCGGUGUUUCCCUGGACUAACCUGCUGGUAGUCGUAAUAGAACUAGAAGGCUCGGAACAGGAAGCCCUGGACCUGGUUCCCAUGGUGACCAAGGCGGUGCUGGAGGAGCAUUACCUCAUCGUUGGGGUCGUCGUAGUAACGGACAUCGGGGUGAUCCCCAUCAACUCUCGCGGGGAGAAGCAGCGCAUGCACCUCCGGGACGGCUUCCUACAGGACCAGCUCGACCCCAUCUACGUGGCUUAUAACAUGUAACCCAGACGCCCCAUCCUGGGGGGGUGGACCUGAGUGAGGGAGAUGUAUGUGUAUGUGUGUGUUAGCAUGCGUGUGUAUGGAUAUGUGCGUGUAUAUCGCUGGUGUUCAUUUUAAAUCAAGACGUACUGUAUUUUUGAAUCUGCACAUGGUCAUAUGGUGUGGUGCCAGUUGUCUGAUCCUUUAGUUGUGCCGUGGUGAAGGUAUGGCUGUUUCUGCACCCCCGGUUAAACCUGACACCUAGACAGGAAGUCACUGUAUAAAACCUUAAGGGAACACUGUGUAUCGAUAGACAGGAAGUCACUGUACAAAACCUUAAGGGAACACUGUGUAUCGAUAGACAGGAAGUCACUGUACAAAACCUUAAGGGAACACUGUGUAUCGAUAGACAGGAAGUCACUGUACAAAACCUUAAGGGAACACUGUGUAUCGAUAGACAGGAAGUCACUGUACAAAACCUUAAGGGAACACUGUGUAUCGAUAGACAGGAAGUCACUGUACAAAACCUUAAGGGAACACUGUGUAUCGAUAGACAGGAAGUCACUGUACAAAACCUUAAGGGAACACUGUGUAUCGAUAGACAGGAUGACUGACUGGACCACUAGUAGUUGUUGUUAGGAGAGAGAGAGAAAAUAUCUCUGAACAUAUCUGUUUUCUUGAUGAAAUACACAUUAAAAAUAAUGUUAUUAAAGUAUAUUGUCAGAAGAAGACAGGGGGUUCAGAUUAGUGUAUAAAUUUAAAUAUUGUAUAUAAACAUAAUCUAUAUGGAGAGAUAACUAAAACACACUGAGGACUAGCCCUGUUAUACAGCUCUCUCCACCCACACCCUGUGUACAUGUGUGCGCGUGUGUGUGUGUGUGUGUGUGUGUGUGUGAGCGCAAUGCAGCAAUCCUCUUAUCAGAAUCACAUUCUCGAUUUCUUUCCUGAAACCCAUUGACUCUUAAAUGCCAAGUGAAUCCGUUAGAAGUAAACCAUUGUUUCUAUCCCACAUUGUUUAAACAUUGUACGCAUAUGAUUAUGGUAAUAUGUGAUUCUGCUAAGCAGAGAGCCCAGUAAGUAGCAGAGGAAAAAUGUAGUUGCAAAGAGUUGUAAAACUGAGCUCUGGACCAGAGACACAAUGCUUUCUGAAUGGCCUCCUGUUUCCUUUAUAGUACACUACUUAGGACAAGUAGGACUCCAUGUAGGGAAUGAGGUGCAAUUUGAGACACACCCACAGUGAAGUGUUCUAACAGAGACACACCCACAGUGAAGUGUUCUAACAGAGACACACCCACAGUGAAGUGUUUUAACAGAGACACACCCACAGUGAAGUGUUCUAACAGACACACCCACAGUGAAGUGUUCUAACAAAGAGACACACCCACAGUGAAGUGUUCUAACAGACACACCCACAGUGAAGUGUUCUAACAGAGACACACCCACAGUGAAGUGUUCUAACAGAGACACACCCACAGUGAAGUGUUUUAACAGAGAUACACCCACAGUGAAGUGUUCUAACAGAGACACACCCACAGUGAAGUGUUUUAACAGAGACACACCCACAGUGAAGUGUUCUAACAGACACACCCACAGUGAAGUGUUCUAACAAAGAGACACACCCACAGUGAAGUGUUCUAACAGACACACCCACAGUGAAGUGUUCUAACAGAGAUACACCCACAGUGAAGUGUUCUAACAGACACACCCACAGUGAAGUGUUCUAACAGAGACACACCCACAGUGAAGUGUUCUAACAGACACACCCACAGUGAAGGGUUCUAACAGAGACACACCCACAGGGAACUGUUCUAACAGAGAGACACCCACAGUGAAGGGUUCUAACAGAGACACCCACAGUGAAGUGUUCUAACAGAGACACACCCACAGUGAAGUGUUCUAACAGAGACACACCCACAGUGAAGUGUUCUAACAGAGACACACCCACAGUGAAGUGUUCUAACAGAGACACACCCACAGUGAAGUGUUCUAACAGAGACACACCCACAGUGAAGUGUUCUAAGAGACACACCCACAGUGAAGUGUUCUAACUGAGACACACCCACAGUGAAGUGUUCUAACAAAGAGACACACCCACAGGGAAGUGUUCUAACAGACACACCCACAGUGAAGUGUUCUAACAGACACACCCACAGUGAAGUGUUCUAACAGAGACACACCCACAGUGAAGUGUUCUAACAGAGACACACCCACAGUGAAGUGUUCUAACAGACACACCCACAGUGAAGUGUUCUAACAGAGACACACCCACAGUGAAGUGUUCUAACAGAGACACACCCACAGUGAAGUGUUCUAACAGACACACCCACAGUGAAGUGUUCUAACAGACACACCCACAGUGAAGUGUUCUAACAGAGACACCCACAGUGAAGUGUUCUAACAAAGAGACACACCCACAGUGAAGUGUUCUAACAGAGACACACCCACAGUGAAGUGUUCUAACAGACACACCCACAGUGAAGUGUUCUAACACAGAGACACACCCACAGUGAAGUGUUCUAACAAAGAGACACACCCACAGUGAAGUGUUCUAACAGAGAGACACACCCACAGUGAAGUGUUCUAACAGACACACCCACAGUGAAGUGUUCUAACAGAGACACACCCACAGUGAAGUGUUCUAACAGAGACACACCCACAGUGAAGUGUUCUAACAGAGACACACCCACAGUGAAGUGUUCUAACAAAGAGACACACCCACAGGGAAGUGUUCUAACAGAGACACACCCACAGUGAAGUGUUCUAACAAAGAGACACACCCACAGGGAAGUGUUCUAACAGAGACACACCCACAGUGAAGUGUUCUAACAAAGAGACACACCCACAGUGAAGUGUUCUAACAGAGAGACACACCCACAGUGAAGUGUUCUAACAAAGAGACACACCCACAGUGAAGUGUUCUAACAGAGACACACCCACAGUGAAGUGUUCUAACAGACACACCCACAGUGAAGUGUUCUAACAGAGACACACCCACAGUGAAGUGUUUUAACAGAGACACACCCACAGUGAAGUGUUCUAACAGACACACCCACAGUGAAGUGUUCUAACAGAGACACACCCACAGUGAAGUGUUCUAACAGAGACACACCCACAGUGAAGUGUUCUAACAGACACACCCACAGUGAAGUGUUCUAACAGAGACACACCCACAGUGAAGUGUUCUAACAGAGACACACCCACAGUGAAGUGUUCUAACAGAGACACACCCACAGUGAAGUGUUCUAACAGAGACACACCCACAGUGAAGUGUUCUAACAGACACACCCACAGUGAAGUGUUCUAACAGAGACACACCCACAGUGAAGUGUUCUAACAGAGACACACCCACAGUGAAGUGUUCUAACAGACACACCCACAGUGAAGUGUUCUAACAGAGACACACCCACAGUGAAGUGUUCUAACAGACACACCCACAGUGAAGUGUUCUAACAAAGAGACACCCACAGUGAAGUGUUCUAACAGAGAGACACAGUUUAGUUUUUUUAUUUGAUAUAUAUGUUAGUCAUAAGCUAUUACUUAUGGCAUCUUAUAUGCAUGUUAUCAGUUAUAACUUUUCUGUGAAAAACAUUUUAGUGCUCCUUAUGCUUUGUUAACAUUCAGCUUUUGAGUUUGAUCAUUAUAAACACAACACAUUUCAUUCUUAUUUAAUUCAUCAGCUACUUUUGUCUCAGAGAGCUAUAAUAUGAUGCCAUGUAUGAAAAACAUGCAUAUCAUGACGUGUAUUUAUUUGCUUGUUAUUCUGUACUGGAGAAUGUUGAUGGCAUUAUCAGCCCCUGACUGUGUGUUGGAGAGAAACGAGUCUGGUGGGUAGGGUUAAACCUGGUCCAGAAACUAGAGGUGAGAGAGACUGCACGGUGUGUGCGUGUUCGUAUGUAUAUAUUGUGUGUAAAUAGUGUUGAUUUUGUACGUUACAGGUGUGUGUGACUGUUUUGUACACAUGAUGAAAAGAUCAAAAGGACACUUUCAUAAGAGCCUUCCAUUGGCUCAAUGUCACACUAUACGGUGCAAUAAAGUGCUUUGAUUGGU